CAAUUUCACUUCCUGGACAUGGACAAUGCAAACCCGGCCGAGGGACCAGAUACCUUCAGCCGGGUACUUCCUCUUCCCUUCCGGCUUCAAUUCGAAUUCAUCCUCGGGAUCUGGUUCUGGGCCUUGAACCUGCAUGGCUUCCAUCUCCUGAACAUCGACAUCUUCACGCUGAUACACUAUCCCACGCGACCUACCCUGGAUGAGCCGCCCCUACACACGUCGACUUAUCGUCUCGCUACCGUCCUCGGUGGACUGUGGACGGGCGCGAUCGUACUGUUUUGGUUCCUGACUUUGGGCAAUGCAGAUCUAGUCAUUGCUUACGACUGGAUUCCGAACUUGCUAUUCUUCGUCAUUCUCGCUGUUCUGUUUGCACCCAGACUGCCAUGGGCGCGAGCUCUUUUCGGUACCAGUAACGCUCACGGCGUCAUACGACUGUUCACUGGAGUGCUCAGAUGUGCACCUGGCGGGAUCGCGAAAGCAAAGGGAGAGAAGUUCGGAGAUGUUCUCCUGGCAGAUGCCAUGACAUCUUAUUCGAAGCCCAUAUCCGAGAUUUUUGUUGUGUUCUGCAUGUUGCUGAAAGGGCUUCACACUACGAAUAAACCCGACAGAGCAUGUGGUCAUGAGUUCAUUGUGCCGCUCGCGAUUGCCUGGCCAUUUCUCAUACGCCUGCGACAAUGCAUCAUCGAGGGGCAGCGUGCCAACGCCUUGAAAUAUGCGACGGCAUUUCCGGUGAUCAUCCUGAGUUCGAUGACUGGCAAGGAUCCCACUUGGAAGGUUUUUUGGCGUAUAGCGGCUCUGGUCAACUCGCUGUACUCAUUUUGGUGGGACGUAUCUAUGGAUUGGGAUCUGACCUUACUUUCGAGACACCGCCUCCAAUCGCCGCUCGGACUUCGGCAGCAACGAGUUUUUAGGCAUUCCGUCUUGUACUACCUGGUAGUCGGCUUCGACCUCGGCCUCCGAUUUGCGUGGUCCUGGAAGCUCUCAUUGGCGUUGGUCAAAUUGGAUGGUUUAGAAGGCGGUAUAUUUCUACUGGAGAUUAUGGAAUUGACGCGUCGUUGGAUUUGGGUCUACUUUCGAGUAGAGACUGAGUGGGUGAGGUCGAGUGGGCCUGCGAGCAUUGCACUAUGAAACAUUGUACGAGUAUUGUAGGACUAUUGUACGCAGCAAAGCCCACAGAGGCAUACCAGUUGCAGCUGAUAGUAAACAGUAA